ACGUAGUAAUAUCUUUAGGUAAAAGAAGAGAAAGUACAGAUAUCAACACUAUUUUUACAAAACAAACCCUCAUCUAGUAAGAGAAAAACCAUGGGGCAAGAGUAGAAAAGUAUUCUCACUAAGUGGAAGAAAAACUACAGCCUCUCUAAAUACAAGUAGAAAAAGAAUACAUUCUCUCAUAAUAGAAUACCCUUGCUUCUAACUCUCUCAAAUGAGGAGUUACUCUAUAGGAAUGCAUCAAGCUCAUGGAAUGACUUGCUAUUUAUGGUAAAAGGAUGAAAAUGGUUAUUAGUUAGCAAGGUAAAAGUUGUCUGCUUCCUAACCAACUUAGUAGCAAAGAAUUGCAUGAUGUACAAAAUUUUCAACCAUCUAUGUUUUACUUUUAUGCAAAAAAAUUGGGUUUACGUGGUUUCGUAGUCAUCUAUUUAGUUUAAUCUUAUUUAGCACUAUCAUACUUUAUUAUGAAGUGGAAAUAUUGAAUAAUUGGUGAUUAUGUUAUGCAUAUAUGUCAUUAAUAGAUUUCUUUUACGGUAGGAAAACUCUUGGGAGUCUAGGAAAGAGUUUAUUUAGACUUUCAGGUUUGAUAAUUCUGCAUAAUAGUAAAACUUAACUUGUAUAGUGGUCAUUUUCGUUGCUAUUAUUCUAGAUAUUGAAUGCACACUUUCUUCAAGAUCAGAAGAGAAUAAAAAUCAUAGAUUAUAUUCACAAAAAAAGUGGCAUUCUAAAUAAUUUCAGAAGUCUGCAGCAUAAGUAACCACAUUUCCUUUGUUUUCUUCGGAAGUAGUGUUUAUUUGAGAAUCGCAAUUUGUAUCACAAGGAUCACUGACUUAGCCAUUAGAAUCCGCCACUUGAAAUCAGGAUUCAAAAGUAAGGCUUUCAGCUUCCCGUCUGACUGAUUCAAACAGCACGGAGGACAGGUACCUCUCACCAAAGAUUGGGAAAAUAACCUGUACCAUAUCAAAACGGAACUCUCCACUAAGUGAAACUUGUAAAAUAAUGCUCAUGACUAACUCUCAGUUGUCAUCAAUCAAAACUAAACAAACAAUAUGUUGAAAAAAACAUGGGAUUUUGUUGCAAGUUCUUAACAGACAUUUAUACAAAAAGACAUCAACUUACAACAACUAGUUUUCUAGCAUUUUCUGGUCUUUUUGCUAUCUUAAUGGCAGCUGAAGCUGCAGCUCCAGAUGAUAUUCCAACCUAUAGUAAUAUUUCAAGUAUAGAUUCAACAAACUGUACAGGUAUUAUAGAAUAAAUUUGUAACAUAAACCUAUGAGCUUCCUUUGCAGUAUGGCUCAUUUGAUUGCCUGUGCAUAGAUCCUUUAGAACCUGUUGCUGACACUGCAGUAUUAAAUGACUCUAAGGUUCUUAAAGAAGCAUUUGAGAUUGGAUAUAUUCAUACCCCUGCCGAUUGUAUUGAUGUUAGAGGUCUUAGUGGUCAGAUUGGUUUCCUUCCAGUGAGCACUUGCCAACCAAUCAAGCUUUCCAGCAACAACCACCACCUUGUUUUCAACCAUAUCAUAAGCAGCCACCCUGGCAUGUACAGCAGCAGCUGCCACAUUCAUAUGCAGUAUGAGGAGCCAAAGCAAGAGGAAUUCCAAUCAGUGCAGCCAUGGAAGCCACAAUUCUGUAACCAGUGGCAGCAGGGGAUUGCAUCAUCUGAUUUUCAAGAAAUGACCUCCCAAGUGGCCCAAAUGGUGGCUGCUAUCAAUCAACUGGCUAGGAAAACUGAAGAGGAGAAGGAGGCAACAGUCAAUGAAGCACCACUGGGAGCAGCCUCUGCACUCGAGUUUCAAGCUGACCAUAAUCUUAAUAAUGUAGUUGGCGGACUUGAUCAGGUUUUUUCUGUACCUGAUAUUCCUAUUCAUGUACCUGAGUUUCAAGUUGAUAUUAAUGCUUUUGAUCUUUUACAACUUGAAACAAUAAAGCCUGUCUUGGAUCUUGAUAUUUCGGUUUGGAUGUCUGCACACACUCACAAUUUAAAUUCAGCAUUUUCCAUUGAAUAUAUUGACAUACCUUAUGCUGUUUCAGAAUUAUGUGCUGAUUUUAACAUCAUUCCAGUUGAUAAUAGCUUCACGGUAGGUGUUCAUUUAGCUGCUGAUUUGAUAGAUGCUAGUGAGGUCAUUUUUGAGGAGCCAGUACAGGUUGAUUCUAAACUUGAGCUUCCUAGCUGUUUGGGUGAGGUACAAAUUAGCUUUGAUAAUCUUAUGCAUGAGAAACCCUUGCCUGAUAGUCUUGCUGUCAUGCCUAGUUGUUCUGAAAUGCUGGAUAAAUUUUUUGUUUUAGAACAUAUUGAUAUUCUGGAUGAGGUUUAUGAUGUGUGCACUGAACCUAAUUACAAUAUUGAUGAUAGCCUUGUGAAAUGCACUGACUUAACUGAGGAUUCUGCUGUUAUUGGUAGGGAUAUUUUAAAUGAGCUAACACAGGUGUGUUCUGACCUUGAGAUUCCAGUUGCUUUAUCUGAGCUUCCUUUGCAGUAUGGCUCAUUUGAUUGCCUGUGUAUAGAUCCUUUAGAACCUGUUGCUGACACUGCAGUAUUUAAGCAUUUGAGAUUGGAUAUAUUCAUACCCCUGCCGAUUGUAUUGAUGUUAUGUGUCCAGCCUUUGAUGCACUGUUCUUUAUUGAAAAUGAAUUUGAGUUCACUGUUAACAAAGAUGCAAUGUUUGAUGAUCCACUUAUGCUUGACUUUGAAUUUAGUGAAUUUUGUGCAGAAUUAAAUGAAGAAGGCACACACUGAAGGCAUGAAAGAAGUUCUGGUUGAGCUAGAUGGGAAAGGAGAGCCGAGUUUGACGCAGUGGAGAGCUGAGAAGGAGCAACUCAAUGCAACCUUGGAGGCAAUGCACAAAGUGGAUGAGCAGAAUAGAGAAAAACCAAUAAGAUCCUUCUUUCCCUUUCUUUUAAAUAGUAGUUAUAGGUCUUUUAGAGUAAUGUGCAUAGUUUCAAAUAGCAUAGUUAAUAAUAUGAUAGUAAAUAUGCUGUUCUACAUAAAAAUAAAAAGAAUAAAUUUUGAUCUAUGGCCUAUUUGAAUAAAUUUUCUUUUUCCUUUAGUUUUGUAGAUUUAGUUUAGUUUUCUUAGUUCUAUUCUGUUAUAUGCAUUCUCUUUCAAUUUUAGUUCUUUUUCAAUAUUGUUUUGAAUAAUCCUGAUGUUGAUUGUCCUGUAUAUACUUGUUGCUGUUUGUGCUGAUAGAAAACCUUCAUCACUCACACAUUGAGGGCAAUGUGCCUCUUGAGUGUGGGGGUGGGAAGGUAUAGGUUUAAAAUUUUUGUUUUGAUGUAAAUAGAUCUGUUUAGGGGUAAUUUUUUUUUCUGAACUGUUUUUCCCUUUAGUUGUAGGUCUGUUUUAGUUUAGUGUAAUUGCUAUCUUUGUUAUAAUGUGUAAAUACCUUUCAUAAUCUGUUUAGUUUGUAAAUAAGAUUUAGUUUUUGGCUUUGAUUGUUAAUAGUUCUUAUGUGUUACGUAUUCAAGUAGGUAAUGUAACGAAAUCACCCUCUCACACACUCAAAACAAGCAAAAGAAUAAUGAAAGAAUCGAAUUGAACAAAUGAAUCUCUUUUAUUGAUGGUAGUGUAUGAAUAAACAAAAGUAAACAAUAACUGGGAGUAUAACCUUCUUCAGUUAUUUAAUAAUUGGGAGCAUAACCUUCUUCAGUUAUCCAAUAAUUGGGAGUAUAACCUCCUUUACAAAACUCACAAAUCAAAGCAUACCCUUAAUCAUAAACUCUAACUUUAUUUAUACUAAUUAUUUCUCGUCCAUCUCUUACUAAAUAUUUUCUUAGAAUAUAUUUGCAUUUAAUAUAAAUAUCCCUAUAUACUUAUCUCCCCAUAUAUU